AGAUUUGUUGUGUAGACAAAUGUCUCCAAUCUACUGACUUGAUUAACUGUACUCAUAACCAGCUCUACAAAUUGAACUAAGACAAUUCAUUAAAAUCAUUUUUGGAACAUUUUUAUUGAAUGAAGACCACUAUUUUAGCUUUUAGUGAUUUGAUUCUAGUCUUCUGUGAUGAAGCUCUUGUGAAAUAUUUAUCUUUGGAAAUUAAUAGUAGAAAUUAGAGACAUUCCUGAUAGCCAAGUAACACUGUAUUUCAUUUUUAAGUUUAUAGAACUGGUUUUAUAAAGAAAGUUUGUUAUUUUAUUAUUAUGAAACUUUUUAAGAAAUAGAAAUAAAUUAUCACCUACCAAAGAAGUGUGCUUCAAGUUUUAGUUUUAUGACUCAGUAAUUUGCCACUAAGCUUGCAUGAAGAGUCAGUGAGGUUUUGCUCUUCUUGAUAUUUCCUUUACUGUUUAAAGUGCAUUAAGAUGAACAAUCCAUCUCUGGGUGCAAUUCUGACUGCAGAUGGAGAUGUCAGCCCAGGCUAUGAAGAUAUUGUGGAGCCCAGACGUGGUCAGAGCGACUUGCGAUGGGCAGCACAAGAAUGGCAAUCGAGUGGGAGCUUUGCAGGCAGUAAACACGUGUCUCCAGAGCAAGCCAUGACUAAUAUUAUGGCUUCAGAAGGCCUGCAAAAUAUCAUGGAGGAGGUUGCCAAACAUCGGAAUGUUUCAUUAAAGGAAGUAAAAGAAGAGUCAGUUGAAAUCUUGAAAGUGAUGGCACACCAACAAGAUAUUUCUGCAAUCCGGAAAUUUGCUUUUUUCCUAGCAAAAAUGCUGAAAGCCAUGUACAACAAGAUUGUUGUUCACAGGCCUGGAAUAGAAUUACUACGGAAAGCUAUAAAGACAUGCCCUGUUGUGCUGCUACCUACUCAUCGGUCGUAUGCUGAUUUUAUUCUAGUAUCCUACGUGAGCUUCCAUUACAACUUACCUUUUCCAGUAAUCGCGGCAGGCAUGGACUUCUACCACAUGGCCUACAUAGGCCAGCUACUUAGGGAAGCUGGUGCUUUUUACAUUAAACGUUCGUUUGUUGACGACGUUCUUUACUGGGCCGUGUUCCAAGAAUAUGUCAAGAUGCUUGUGUGCCAAGAGUCGGCGCCCAUGGAGUUCUUCUUGGAAGGCACGAGAAGUAGGACUGCCAAAACCCUACGGCCAAAGUUGGGUCUCUUGGGUUGUGUGUGUCAGUACGCGUGGCUGAAAGACGUGUCGGACGUCCUGCUUGUCCCCAUCAACAUCUCCUACGACCGCACGCUGGAGGAGGAACUCUACGCUUGGGAGCUCCUCGGCAUUCCUAAGCCCAAAGAAUCAACUUCAGGGCUUUUUAAAGCUAAACGUAUACUGAAGGAAAAGUACGGCAACGUGUUCAUCCACAUUGGCCAACCUGUGUCUGUGAAGGCUGCCACCAAGGCUUCGUUUGGUCCUGGUAUCGUAGACUUCCAUUCCGCUCUUUCAGCCGCACAAGUGAGCGAGAUUGACUGCUUAGCUCUUCGCUUAGCUCGCGACCAGAUGCGUCUUGCUGCCGUUUCUUCCUUCAGCUUCGCGGCUCACUUCCUCCUCAUGAGGUUACAAGAAGGAAGCACGACAGUGUCGUACUCUGAGCUGCUGUGUACUGUAUCUGAGAUGCUCGCGUCAGUGGCAGACAACACGCAGGGUUCUUGUUGCACUCUCAUGCUUGGAGGAUUUAGGGAUGCUGGAGAACUUGACGCGUGUCUGAGGUACGCGUUUCAGGUGCACUCUAACCUCGUGUCACUCCAAGGUGAUGCUGUGUUCUUCUCUCCGUUCCUGGCAUCUGCGGCAAGUAAGAGAACAAAUCUCGACGAAUCUCAGAAGAAACGCUUUGUGUUGCACUUGAUGCUGCAACAUUAUGCCAAUCAAAGUAUCCAUGUGCUGUUGCCGCCCUCUCUUCUAUGCUUGGCUGUUUCGUGUUAUGGCUCUUCGGCCUCCUCAUCCUACUCCGCAAAUUUUGAUGUUGCUCUGGAGCGCUACUCUAAACUAUUGCAGUUAUUCUCUUUCGAAUUCAUCCCACCGGCUGACAAGAAACAGAGCUUCGACGAGGCUGUCGCGAGAUUAGUCAAGAGUGGAUGUGGCCAAAGCGCGGACGGUGUUCUCACUGUUCAACACACCUCGUCGCCGACUUUAUCUUCCUUUUAUUGGUCUUGCUUGAAGCCUUUGGUGCUCACGUAUCGCACUGCCAUCACAGUAGCGCUCAGGAAAGAAUGGUCUGACGAACCAUCCUUGGUAGCAGCAAUACGAACGGCAAUAUUAGAGCACUUCACUGAAACCGACGGAAAAGAUCAUUCAGGAGAGUCUCGGUCAUCCUCUACCCUGUUCUCUGCUCUCUCGUUAGAUGCCAUCAAGAACUCGGUGCGAGCGCUGAGCAAGCUAGGUGCUCUGCGGUGUCAGAAGAGCCCAGAAGGGGGCGGUGUGAUCCCAUGUCGUCGUCUGCUCAGCGAAACUUUCGACCUACUGACGCGGGAAGACCUGCCUCCUCCAGCGCGGUUGUAAGCCUCAAUUUUUGACGACCUGAAUGAGAAGAAGCGCAUCUGUUGAAGCCGGUGGUUGACCUAUCGAAUGAAGAGAAUUCGAGUAUUAGGUAUUUAAUUCUUGCAUUAAAUUGUAAAUUAUUAGGUUCCUAGUGAAGCUUAAAUUCAAUUUAUGAGUCUGGAAGCUUUUGUAGAAUAACUCAUUGGUACUGUUCUAAGGAUUUUAUUGUAUUCCAUCCGAGAAUCAUGUUCGUUCAUAGAUAAUUUCAUGCAGGUUGCAAAGCAAGCAAGGUCAAUGCUAAGCGGAUGGGCACUGAAACUUAAAUGGCAUUUUUGACAGAAUUUAUUUCCGUGAACCAAAGAGCCUGUAUGGUAUUUUAUUGAAUUCAAGCGAUCAAAUGUUAUGCGAGUCAACAUACUUUACAUCGUUGUCGUUUUUUUUUUAUAAUCCAAUUCAUUUUAAUAUAUUCUUGCCAUUCUAAUUAGUAAUAGCCUUUCUUAGCAAUUGCAAUUGAACAUACUUUACAUCGUUAUGUCGUUGUUUUUUAUAAAACCAAAUCAUUUUUAUAUACCUAUUCUUGCUAUUUUAAUUAGUAAUAACCUUUUUUUAGCAAAUGCAAUUUCAUGAAAAUUCAAGCGCCCAGGUUACUCCAUUGCUAUGAAAUAUAGUCAAUUUUUGACUCUGAACAGAAUGUCAUUGUGAAGAUCUCUCGUUCUGCUCAUCUCGCCGAGCCUUACGAGCUUAGGAUUCAAAUUGCAAACAACUUCCAUCCUGUCUUUUGAUAUUAUUGAUAAUAUUAGUAUACAAUGUCACUAAUGAUAUUAUUAGUGAAAAAUUGCCCUUAAGAUAUUUUAAUAUCUGACGUCGGUUAUGGUAAAUCACAGGAAUACUCUUUUAAUUCGUUAUUUACAUAGGUAUAAAUGUUUACUUUGAUUUUCAUCACAAUUAGUUGGAAUGUCGCGCAUGUCUGAAGAACAUUACGAGUUAAGGAAGAAGUGUUAGGAGCAGGUUAAUUGCGCCAUUUUUUGAACGGUGAAGAUUGUUUCCCUUCAUGAUGUCCUGUUAUCAAACUGUGACAGUAAUGUUGUACAGUUGUGUCAUCACGAUGUGAUUUUAUUGGCGUUCAGUUGUUGCGUCACGAUAUGACAUUAGUGGCGUCCACUUAUUUGUCUGACUGUGGCAAUUGUAAUGUGCAUUUCAUAGCGAACUUUACAAUGCAUUUUUGGAGCUGUCUAUUUUGUCGACUUUUCAACAUGUAGAUUGUUGGUGGUACAUUUUUUUAAUUUCAUGGAUUUCACUCAUUAUAUUCUCUUAACAAGUUAAUUUUGAUCAUUCAAGAAUAAUUAGCUGUAUUUUAAUACUACAAUUUUGGUCACUUAUUGCGUGCGUUGGCGUUGCGCCAAUAUAUUCUGUUUUCGACUUAUUGUUUUUGUUCACUGAAGAAUUAUUAGUUUUGUUAAUGUUCGAAUCCUUCCAUAUAUUCCGCAUAUAGUUUGAUCAUAGUUCAAUACUGGUUUAUCAACUUCAUUUCCUGAACGAAUUUCUCGUAAAAUUUUAUUAUCAUCCCUAGAAUUUUGUCAUUUUCAACGUACUGAGCUUCAGCGUACGAUAACCCGACAGAUUUGCAAAAUGCAUACCUGAAUUAAUGGCAUUUCCAGCAGUGAAGAAUGUAUUGAGAAAUAAAUUAGCUCGGUACUGUAAACUUGGCUUGGUGUGCCGCUCUGAGAGUUCUUAAGACUCGUCGUAUUUUUUAAUUCACACUUGGCCCACGUAACGUAUUUUACUGAAGCUCGUUUUAAUUCUGUAGGUACUUCGGGGCAGGUCUUCUGAGAAUUACGCUACCUUUUACUUGACCAAUUGUUUUUUAGCAUCUCAAUGUCAAGCCUGUCGGAGAGAUUUCAAGUUGUAGAAGCUUUUCUUGCAUCUUUUUUUGUUAAAAUUCCCAAUUUUUUUUAAUACUUGCGAUUUGCUAUCAGGAUAUUGGUCCUGAAAUAUGUUGCUCAAUGUUUCAACAGUUGGUAAUUUAAGGUGGGCAUUUCCUUUAGAUAUUUUCGAUUUUCCAUAUAAUUUUGUAAGAUUCGAUAUUUUUGGUUCAUAUCAUCUAUUAAGAAUUAGAAAUUAGCUAAUACCGCGAUAAAUAACCUAGAAUACGGUAACCGUUUAGAGGUACUUGGCUGCACAUGACUCGGAAUGUACAUUCUUACAUAAGCGACAGUACAUGAUUCAGGGGUAUUUAAAGAUAGCGAGGGUUUAUGUGUAUACAUAUGUUAAGGUUCCAGGCGUGGUUGCGAGUUAUAGGGACACUCGUCGGUGUUUCAUACGUUUUAUUAAAUCAAGUUUUAUGGACGCAUUUUUGUGGUGUCUUAGCUUUACUUUUGAUUUACAUUGCGCGACUGAUAAAACAGCAGAGAUGCGAAUGUGCUGAGGUGCGUUUAGCCUGAAUGAUGACUUCAUAGACAUAUUGUGUGAUACCUGAUUGUGAAGCAGUUGUUCAUACAUACAAUGACGAAUGACAAGUCAUUGAAUCAAAUGAGGUUUACUGACCUUACUAUUAUACUGAUUACUUGUGAAGUGAAGGAUCAAGUCACUAAGACUUCAUACGGGGUGUUAGCGGUGCCGGACAAUGUGAUCUCUGUUCAAAGAUAUUUGUUCUCGGGAAU